GCAAGAAGGUGAACGUCCAGCGCCUCCGUGAGGAGUUGGCCGCAGUGGACCCUGAGUUCAAGGCAUCGCUCAAGGACAAGGAGGACAGGAAGGAGGAGAUGCAGCUUCGCAAGCAGGGCGAGUAUGUGGCGAUGGCCAUGAAGUCGAGCUUCGGGGACCAGCUCAGCAAGCUCCUCGAGGCCUCGGACGGCAACAACAAGCAGAAAACAUCUUCUGUGGCCGAGCGAGAGGUGAGCCCGACACCGGUGGCGGAGGCCCCCGCCAGCACGGCCCUUCUCAAGCGUGCGGAGAUCGGUUGGCUCCAGUCCCUCAUCGGCGGCAAGAAACAACUCGGCGCACGCAUGACCUGGGCGGAGGCAGCUCAAGUCUUGGAGGCGCGCAUGGUAGACAAGACGGUGGUCGCGCAGAUCAACAAGUGCAUCAUCGCCCAUCUCCCGAAGCGCCCUCCACCGACGAGCAAGGCGAAGCGUGUUCAGCUUGUCCUGGGAAUUCUCAAUGGCAGUGCCCUCUGA